AUGGAUGAAAAAUUUAUCAAGAGAUCCCUGAAGCGAGUUCCCAAUGGGUUGUUGCCCCUUUUUUCUAAUGUUUCAAAUGAAGUUGCUGGUUCAAAGACUUCAUUAUCUCGCUCCAGUUCAGUUUCCUCAGAAGCAUAUUAUUUUCCCAACGGAGAGGUGUUUCGGCCAAGAAGUUCUCCAAAGAAAAGAAAUCGUCCAAGCAAAAUCGUCGAUCCAAUCAACAUGGACAAAAUUCCAAAUGGUGUUGUUGCUGAAGGAAGUACCAGUCCUACCAGUACAUUGAAAAAUGAUGUGUCUCGACAGUUAGGUAGUCCCACUGCUGGUGAUAGAAAUUCAAUCUCCUCUUCGUAUCAAUGUGAUAAGAUUCAAAGUAAACAACAAGAAUUGUCUGUAAAGUUACGAAAUAUGAAAUUAGAUACAUCUACAAACAUUGAUUUGCAGCAAGAAAAAAUUCCUAUUCAACCGAUUGAAAACUAUCAAAACCUUAGUUCUUCCAACUUAAAGAAUGGUAUGGCAAAAUUACAACCUAAUAACACUUUAAAGACGUCAGAAGAAGCUCUUCAAGUACCAUCCGAGGGCUCUGGUGAGAUUUCAAAUACAUCAAGUUUUAGUAGUUAUACUUCCAAUGAAUUAAGAAAUGUGGAUGAUUCAACAAAUGAAUCAUUAAAUCCUGGUGAAUCCCCAUUUUCGGAAUUUGAUGAGUUUGUCACCCCAUCAGCAACUCCUACAAAUGAAUCAUUUAUAAAGAGAAUUACUCCAACUGAUGAAUCCUUCACUAGAUUACAUGCUCAGCCUACUAGAAGUACAAGUAUUGCUACUAUGUCAACAUUACCUGAACCUACUAUAGAUACAGAAUCCUUUGUUUUACAAUAUUUUGAUGACAGUCCGGUUGGAGAUUCAACAUUUCCCAAAGAACAAGAGGAUGUGAUUGAUGAUUACGCUAAUGUUAGUCCAAAGCAGAACGUUCCAAAUGUAGCACCACGAGCAGUACCAUCUUCAAAGAUAAUAACCAUUGAUUCAGAACAUUCAAUCGUUCUCCAGCAGCCAAGAAUAAAUGAACGUCGCGCGUCGAUCCCAAAGGACCCAGCCAAGAGAACUUCACGAUAUGAUCAAGGCGUGACCAGCGAAGAAAUUAACAAUUUAAUAAAUGACACUCAACAGGAAGUUCCGCCAAGAAGAGAUGUUAGGGUUUAUUCCUCAUGUACUACCUCGGAUAUAUCAUUAAGAACGGGAUCGCUGGAUACUCAAAUAGCUAGAACACGGAGUUCAUUGACCGAGGCAUCGAAAUCGAGAUCAACAAGUCAAUUGGUGGAGGAACCAGUAACACCCCCAUUGUCACCUAUGCCACCUCCUCCGAUUGAAAAAUCACCAAAUAUGAAAGUGAGAAAGAAGAAGAGAAGAAGAAGAAAACCAAAAGUUGAAGAUCGUGAGCUUGAUAUCCAAGUUCAAAGUUCAUAUGAUUUCAUUAAUGAGGUCAAAGAAGGUAUGGUUCCUGGUAACAAUCCCGUGGAUUCUGCAUCGCUGUUUGGAUCGAUUGAUUGUUCGCUGUAUGGUUCUCUGGUAGGUUCUCUGGGUUAUACACUCCCCGGUUCUCUGUUAGCAUCACCAGUCAGUGGGAGUACAAGAGAGUUGAAAUCGAAAUAUAGUGAAUUGCCAGAAAGGAAGGAUGAUCAAUUCAAAGAACAAAUGAAAACUAUGCAAAGAAAAAAUAGUCAGGAUUUACCACAACCAUCAAUAAAAUUAGAUGAACUUGAAUCACCAACAAAUACUAUUCUGCCAAUAUCACCAAGUGUCGAAUCAAUCAACUUAAGUGAAGGAGCGCGUUUUACAAAACAUGUACUGAAAUCUAUACCGAAUAUCAAACCAACACAUAUUGCAAGUGAGACAGUGGUGCAUUCAAAUUCUUCCGUGCCAGUUACAUCAAUGCUUGAAUAUACAAAGAAACCAGAGGCUCCUAUCAAGCUUAAACCAAUGAGUCAAGUCAGAGCCGAAUUACAGAAAACUCCUCACAGGAAUGGCAAACCGCAAUUUCCACCUGAACCAUAUAUCAAGAAACCAAUGAUUGACGCAGUUCCUAAAUCAAUAUCGACAUCAACUCCAAUAAAGUCAGGAAAUAUUCAACCUAAACCAAGACGUCUUUCACCUGUACUGGCAAGAUCAAACGUUCCUCAAAGAAAUAGGGAAUCUCCAUUACCACCUGUUAAUGGCAGUCAACCAGGUAAGAACCCUCAAAGGAUGCCAUUACCUAAACCAGCCAGACAAGUAUCUAGCUCAUCAAGUACUUCCACUUCCACUUCCACUCCUCCAAAAACAUUCAAACUGGUCUUUAAAAGAUUUGUCAGUUUCCAUUCACGUAAUAGUAAUCAAGAUCAAGAUUUAUCAACCGAAGCUCAUGAGAAAUUUAAUACACAAAGAAAGACAUUAGAAACUGAUCUGGUUGUACCUGAAUUAUUCUCCCAACCGCAGGCGGUAAGUAAUAGAAUGUCAGUGUUGAGUAAUAUUUCAUUACAUUUGGGUGAAUUGCCGACAUUUGAGCCGGAGAAGUCGUUGUUGGAUGAUAUGUUGGAGACAUUUGUACCUGAAGAGGAUGCGGAGACUUUUAUGUAUGGUGGUAGUGAAGAAAAUAAGACUGAAGUGAAGAAGAAGGAGAAGGGGUCUAAACCAUUGAGUAAUUUGAGAAUUGAAACUAAGUUAGAAGAUUUGAACAACGGUAAAAAUGAAGAUGAGAAAAAGGAGGAAGAUAAGACAUCGAAAGAGGAAAUUGUGAAGGAACUACCUAUUGUGAAGGAACUCCCAAUUGUGAAGGAACCACCAAUUGUGAAGGAACUACCAGUUGUGAAGGAACUACCAGUUGUGAAGGAACUAUCAAUUGUGGAAACUGAAACGGAAGAGUUGUCGAAAGAGGUACCAAAGAAAGAUAGGCUGUCAAAAGAAAGUUUAGUAAAGAAGGAAAAUGGUAAUGGUCAGGUGGUGAAUCCUACAGAAUCAGGGGAUAAUGAAUCUCAGAAAUCAAACACUAGUGAAAUUCAAAGACUAGUCCAACAAAGCUAUCAAAAUGCCAAUUUCCCAUCCGCUAAUGAUUCUGGCUAUUGGGAUGUAACAAGCCUGCCAGCUGGUCGUCCUAUUAGUACUGAAAGUUUAUCAUCAGAUCUCAAUGAAACUAUACUUGAUUUAGAAGCAGAUGAGGAAGAUGUUAAUAUGGUGAUUGAUAAUCGAGAAUUACAUUAUCUUUUUAAUAUCCUUCCAGAACAACAACGUCGGAACCUACCUUCUCAUCUUCGAUACAUUAGGCAAUUUCUGGAUUUUAAGUCGGUGGAGAUUAAUAUUAAGAAAUUUGAUGAUUUGAGUAAUACUGAAAUUGACAAGAAACGUCCCAGUCCACCGAUCUUAAAGCGAGAUGCAUAUAGGAAUAGCAAAUCAACUAGUUCGUUUGAAAGACAAAAGAAGGUGAAUUUUUCGAAUAAGAUUGAUAUUAGUGAAACUUUUGCUCCUGAUUUUUAUUCAAGGUUCAAUCAAGAAUUAACUCAAACGAUGUUAAUGGAUUCAAAAGAAGAAUUGAAUAAGAUUAAAGAAGAAUUGAAUGCUUAUAAGUGUAAUGAAAUGUUGGUCCAUGAAAGUUCUCUGGAUAAUACUCAUUUCUUUUAUUAG